AUGGCAACUUCAAUAGGAAACGAUUCAGCAAUAUGGUCAUGGAGCGAUGCUAACAAAAGGCAGCAACUAAAUAUUGUUGAUAAUUAUACACUUCAUUUAUUGUCUGAUUAUCUUAUUAUUCAACCUAUGGUGCGCGAUACUAAAGAAUAUCUUGUUAUCGAUCGAACCAGUGAAGAAAUUCAAAUUCUCAGCAGCUUACCAAACGUCGAUGAAGCUGUAAGACGAUCGAUACAUGGUAUUAUCGGAGUUAUUAAUUUGAUAUCUGGUCCAAAUUUAAUUGUAAUUACAUCAAAACAACGUAUGGGUGAUAUUAAUGGACAUGCUAUUUAUAAAGUUCAAACAACGGAUAUAAUACCAUAUGCACGAAAUAUGUCUCAUUUAAAUGAAAAUCAAAAAAAAUAUAAUACAAAAUAUUUGUCAAUGAUUGAACUUGUUUUACGUACAGAAGCAUUUUAUUUUUCGUAUUCAUAUGAUAUAACACAUACAUUUCAACGUCUUCAACAUCCAUCACAAGAAUUUUAUAGUACACCAUUUAUAGAACGUGCAGAUCAACGUUUUGUGUGGAAUCGAUAUUUACUUAGUCCAUUCUCGGCUAAUAGAACUGCUGCACAAUUUGCAUUACCACUGAUUCAUGGAUUUGUUGCACUGCAUACACUCAAUAUCAAUGGACGUUCAUUGUCAUAUGGUCUAAUUUCAAGACGUAGUACCCAACGAGCAGGUACAAGAUUAUUUAUUCGCGGUAUUGAUGAUGAUGGCCGUGUGGCUAAUUAUGUUGAAACAGAACAAAUUCUUCAACUGAACGAUAUUGCUUGUUCUCAUGUACAAAUACGUGGAUCGGUGCCUUGCUAUUGGACACAAUUGCCUGAUCUUCGGUACAAACCGAAAGUGACAGUCUUACCAUCAAAUAAUCAUUUGAUUGCUUUUCGACAACAUUUUGAAGAACAAGAGCAUUACUAUGGCAAAAUAUUUCUCAUUAGUCUUACAAAUCAUCAUGGUGCCGAAGGAAAAUUGAAUGCAAAAUAUCGUGAAUUACAUGAAGAAAGUCAAAAUAAAAAAAAUAAAUUUGAAGAUUUCGAUUUCCAUAAAGAGUGUGCUGGUAUGCGUUACGAUCGUUUAACAAUACUUCUAGCUCGUAUCAUAGCUGAUCUAGAUGAUUAUAGUUAUUUUGCCAUAAGUAAAACUGGUAUAUUACAAGGUCAACAACAUGGCGUUUUCCGUACAAAUUGUAUUGAUUGUCUUGAUCGAACAAAUGUUGUUCAAAGUUUAAUUGCUAAACGAAUUUUAGAAGAACAAUUACAACGUAACAAUGUUAUUCAAUAUCGUGAAACUAUUGAUUCCUAUAAACAAUUAAGUAGUAUAUUCAAAAAUGUUUGGGCUGAUAAUGCCGAUGUUAUUAGCCUUCAAUAUGCUGGAACUGGCGCUUUGAAAACAGACUAUACAAGAACGGGUCAACGGUCAGCCAUGGGUUUACUUAAAGAUGGUUAUAAUUCAUGUGUGCGUUAUGUAUUAAAUAAUUUUUAUGAUGGUUUUCGACAAGAUGGCAUUGACCUUUUCCUGGGUAACUAUCGUGUAUCGUCCGAUGAAGGUCGUACUCCUGAAUCAUGCCCAAUCAGUAAAGAAUUGAGUAAAAAAUUUUUGGCCUUACCGAUAACCAUGUUUCUUGCUUUUUCCAUGUGCAUUAUUAAUUUAUUAAUACCAGCUGCAUCAUUUCGUGAACAAAUGACUUAUGUUUUAUUUUGGGGCGCAGCAACCAUAUCAACAUUAGCUAUAACAAUAUUUUGGGGACAAGAAUUAGUUGAUGCGCCCAAACUUUAUUCAAAAGUUAAACGAGAUUAA